AUCUCUGUAGAUACAGCGCAUGGUUACACUCCUCGAGCAAUUGACAUGAGCAAUGUCACCCUCUCCAGAGACUUACAUGCUAUGGCUGAGAUGAUGGCUGAAAACUACCAUAACAUAUGGGCAAAGAAAAAGAAAAUGGAGCUUGAAGCAAAAGGAGGAGGCAACCAUCCUCUUCUUGUUCCUUAUGAUACACUCACAGCCAAAGAAAAAGCCAAGGACAGGGAAAAAGCACAGGAUAUUUUGAAAUUUCUACAGAUUAAUGGAUAUGUUGUCUCCAGAGGACUUAAGGAUCUGGAAUUAGACACACCUUCCAUUGAGAAACGUUUUGCCUACAGUUUUCUUCAGCAACUUAUAAGAUAUGUGGAUGAAGCUCAUCAGUACAUUCUGGAGUUUGAUGGUGGCAGCAGAGGCAAAGGAGAGCACUUCCCAUAUGAACAAGAAAUCAAGUUUUUUGCAAAAGUUGUGCUCCCUUUGAUUGAUCAGUAUUUUAAAAAUCAUCGCCUGUAUUUCUUAUCUGCAGCAAGUAGGCCUCUCAGCAGUGGAGGCCAUGCUUCUAAUAAAGAGAAAGAAAUGGUGACAAGCCUGUUCUGCAAACUUGGAGUUCUUGUCAGGCAUAGGAUUUCACUGUUUGGAAAUGAUGCAACAUCAAUAGUCAACUGUCUUCACAUACUUGGACAGACCUUGGAUGCGAGGACUGUGAUGAAAACUGGUCUGGAAUCUGUUAAGAUGGCAUUGAGAGCAUUUUUGGACAAUGCUGCUGAGGAUCUGGAGAAAACAAUGGAAAAUCUUAAGCAAGGCCAGUUUACACACAGCAGAAACCAGCCAAAGGGAGUUACACAAAUCAUUAAUUAUACCACAGUUGCUCUCCUGCCGGUGCUAUCUUCAUUAUUUGAGCAUAUUGGACAGCACCAGUUUGGGGAAGAUUUGAUAUUGGAAGACGUUCAGGUUUCCUGUUACAGAAUAUUGGCCAGUUUAUAUGCUCUGGGAACCAGCAAGAGUAUCUAUGUAGAACGGCAACGAUCAGCACUAGGAGAAUGCUUGGCCGCUUUCUCAGGUGCCUUUCCAGUGGCUUUUUUGGAAACUCAUUUGAACAAACAUAAUAUCUACUCAAUUUACAAUACCAAGAAUGCGAGAGACAGAGCAGUUCUCAAUUUGCCUACUAGUGUAGAGGAGGUUUGCCCAAAUAUUCCUUCUUUGGUGAAGCUAAUGGAAGAAAUUGUGGAACUGGCAGAGUCUGGUAUUCGUUACACACAAAUGCCACAUAUCAUGGAAGUAAUACUGCCUAUGCUAUGUAGUUACAUGUCACACUGGUGGGAGCACGGGCCAGAAAACAACCCUGACAAGGCUGAAAUGUGUUGCACAGCCUUGACAUCAGAGCACAUGAACACUCUGUUGGGUAACAUAUUGAAAAUCAUCUAUAACAACCUUGGUAUUGAUGAAGGAGCCUGGAUGAAGAGAUUAGCAGUGUUUUCCCAGCCCAUCAUAAGCAAAGCGAAGCCACAGCUCUUAAAGACACACUUCCUGCCACUGAUGGAUAAGCUAAAGAAAAAAGCAGCAGUGGUUGUAUCGGAUGAAGAACAUCUAAGAGCAGAAGGCAGAGGUGACAUGUCGGAGGCUGAACUGCUCAUCCUAGAUGAGUUCACCACUUUGGCACGGGACCUCUAUGCCUUCUACCCUUUGUUGAUUAGAUUUGUGGACUAUAACAGGGCAAAAUGGCUGAAAGAGCCCAACCCUGAAGCGGAAGAAUUGUUCCGCAUGGUGGCUGAGGUCUUCAUUUACUGGUCAAAGUCUCAUAAUUUCAAAAGGGAAGAGCAGAACUUUGUGGUACAAAAUGAAAUCAACAACAUGUCUUUCCUUAUCAGUGACACCAAGUCGAAGAUGUCCAAGGCAGCAGUUUCUGACCAGGAGAGGAAAAAGAUGAAGAGAAAAGGUGACCGGUACUCUAUGCAGACCUCUCUCAUUGUGGCAGCACUGAAGAGAUUACUUCCCAUUGGCCUAAAUAUUUGUGCUCCUGGAGACCAAGAGCUCAUUGCACUGGCUAAAAAUCGAUUCAGCAUGAAAGAUACUGAUGAUGAAGUACGAGAUAUUAUCCGCAGUAAUCUUCAUCUCCAGGGCAAGCUUGAGGAUCCCGCCAUUAGGUGGCAGAUGGCACUUUACAAAGAUUUACCAAACAGGACUGAAGAUUCCUCAGAUCCAGAGAAGACUGUGGAAAGGGUCCUUGAUAUAGCUAAUGUGCUGUUUCAUCUAGAGCAGGUUGAGCAUCCUCAGCGAUCCAAAAAAGCCGUGUGGCAUAAGCUGCUAUCUAAACAGAGGAAAAGAGCAGUCGUUGCCUGCUUUAGAAUGGCACCAUUGUAUAAUCUGCCAAGGCACCGAGCCGUCAAUCUCUUUCUUCAAGGCUAUGAUAAAUCUUGGAUUGAAACAGAAGAACACUAUUUUGAAGACAAACUCAUAGAAGACUUAGCAAAACCUGGGGAGGAACCACCGGAAGAAGAUGAAAGCCUUAAAAGAGUUGAUCCUUUACAUCAGCUUAUUCUGCUAUUCAGUCGAACAGCCUUAACUGAAAAAUGUAAAUUGGAAGAAGAUUUCCUGUAUAUGGCUUAUGCUGACAUUAUGGCAAAGAGCUGCCAUGAUGAAGAAGAUGAUGAUGGUGAAGAAGAAGUAAAGAGUUUUGAAGUGACAGGAUCACAACGCAGCAAGGAAAAAGAAAUGGAAAAACAAAAACUUCUGUAUCAACAAGCCAGACUGCAUGACCGGGGUGCUGCUGAGAUGGUUCUGCAGACAAUCAGUGCUAGUAAAGGUGAGAUGGGGCCAAUGGUUGCAGCUACGCUAAAGCUAGGGAUUAAAAUGCUUGACUACCUCAAGGAUAAAAAGGAUGUGGGGUUUUUUCAAAGCCUUGCUGGUCUCAUGCAGUCCUGCAGUGUUCUUGACCUAAAUGCAUUUGAACGUCAGAACAAAGCAGAAGGCCUUGGCAUGGUGACUGAAGAGGGAUCAGGAGAAAAGGUGAUGCAGGAUGAUGAGUUCACCUGUGACCUCUUCCGCUUCCUUCAAUUGCUUUGUGAAGGACAUAAUUCAGAUUUUCAGAAUUACUUGAGAACUCAGACUGGUAACAACACAACUGUUAAUAUUAUCAUUUCCACUGUGGAUUACUUACUGAGAGUUCAGGAAUCGAUUAGUGAUUUCUAUUGGUAUUAUUCUGGGAAGGAUGUUAUUGAUGAACAAGGACAACGAAAUUUUUCCAAAGCCAUCCAGGUUGCAAAACAAGUUUUCAAUACUCUUACAGAGUAUAUCCAGGGUCCAUGUACUGGGAAUCAGCAAAGUUUGGCACACAGUAGGCUAUGGGAUGCUGUAGUUGGUUUUCUUCAUGUGUUUGCCCACAUGCAGAUGAAGCUGUCUCAGGAUUCCAGUCAAAUUGAAUUACUAAAGGAAUUAAUGGAUCUUCAGAAGGAUAUGGUUGUCAUGUUGCUGUCUAUGCUGGAAGGCAAUGUUGUGAAUGGAACUAUUGGGAAGCAGAUGGUCGAUAUGCUUGUGGAAUCGUCCAACAAUGUGGAGAUGAUUCUGAAGUUUUUUGAUAUGUUCUUAAAAUUGAAGGAUUUAACUUCCUCAGAUGCAUUCAAAGAAUAUGACCCAGAUGGUAAAGGGAUAAUUUCAAAGAGGGAUUUUCACAAGGCAAUGGAAAGCCAUAAGCAUUACACCCAGUCUGAAACUGAGUUUCUGCUAUCAUGCGCUGAAACAGAUGAGAAUGAAACUCUGGACUAUGAGGAGUUUGUGAAACGAUUCCAUGAACCUGCCAAAGACAUUGGUUUCAAUGUCGCUGUUCUCUUGACCAACCUGUCAGAACACAUGCCCCAUGAUACCCGCUUGCAAACUUUUCUUGAACUGUCAGAGAGUGUGCUGAAUUACUUUCAGCCUUUCCUUGGACGCAUAGAAAUCAUGGGCAGUGCGAAGCGCAUUGAACGAGUUUAUUUUGAAAUAAGUGAGUCAAGUCGUACUCAGUGGGAGAAACCUCAGGUAAAAGAGUCAAAGAGACAAUUUAUAUUUGAUGUUGUAAAUGAAGGUGGGGAGAAAGAAAAGAUGGAGCUUUUUGUUAAUUUCUGCGAGGAUACCAUCUUUGAAAUGCAACUGGCUGCCCAGAUCUCUGAGUCAGAUCUGAAUGAAAGGUCAGCAAAUAAAGAGGAGAAUGAGAAAGAUAAGCCUGAGGAACAGGAUCCUAGAAUGGGUUUCUUCUCUCUCAUGACCAUGAAGUCAGCAUUAGUAGCUCUCAAGUAUAAUUUAAUGACUGUUAUGAAAAUGCUCAGCAUGAAGAGCCUAAAGAAACAGAUGAAAAAAGUGAAGAAAAUGACGAUGAAGGACAUGGUCAUGGCUUUGUUUUCUUCCUAUUGGAGCAUUUUGAGGGGGUUACUACAUUUUGCUUGUAGUGUUGUCCGGGGCUUCUUUCGCAUCAUAUGCAGUUUGCUGCUUGGAGGAAGCCUAGUAGAAGGAGCAAAGAAAAUCAAGGUGGCGGAAUUAUUAGCUAACAUGCCAGAUCCCACUCAGGAUGAGGUGCGUGGGGAAGGAGAAGAGGGGGAGAGGAAGCCAACAGAAGCUGCAUUGCCUACAGAAGACUUGACAGAUCUGAGAACUUUAUCAGAUGAGAGUGAUCUACUCUCAGAUAUAUUUGGUUUGGAUUUGAAACGAGAAGGUGGACAGUAUAAAUUGAUCCCUCACAAUCCAAAUGCUGGUUUGAGUGAUUUACUGAGCACUCCCUCCUUAGCUCCAAUGCCUGAGGUGCAGGAAAAAAUCCAGGAGGAGCAGGUGAAAGAAGAUGAAAAGGAAGAGAAGGAAGAAACAAAAUCUGAACCAGAAAAAGCAGAAGGAGAAGAUGGAGAAAAAGAAGAGAAAGGCAAGGAAGACAAAGGGAAACAGAAGUUAAGACAAGUUCAUACUCACAGAUAUGGAGAACCAGAAGUUCAGGAAUCAGCUUUCUGGAAGAAAAUCAUUGCAUACCAACAGAAGCUUCUUAAUUAUUUUGCCCGAAACUUUUACAACAUGAGGAUGUUGGCGUUGUUUGUUGCUUUUGCCAUCAACUUCAUCCUGCUUUUCUAUAAGGUCUCCACCUCUGCUGUGACAGAAGAAAAGGAAGUUCCUGUGGUAUCUGCUGGUGAAAGUAUUAAGUUGAACAGCCUGGAAAAUGACAACCAGAGGGUCAUUGCAGUGCAUUAUGUCCUGGAAGAAAGCAGUGGUUACAUGGAGCCCACACUGCGGAUUUUGGCCAUCCUACACACAGUCAUCUCAUUCUUCUGCAUCAUAGGGUAUUACUGUUUGAAAGUUCCACUUGUUAUUUUUAAGAGAGAAAAGGAAGUGGCAAGGAAAUUGGAAUUUGAUGGGCUGUAUAUAACUGAACAGCCAUCAGAAGAUGAUAUUAAGGGACAGUGGGAUAGACUUGUAAUCAAUACACAGUCUUUUCCAAAUAACUAUUGGGACAAAUUUGUGAAAAGAAAGGUCAUGGAUAAGUAUGGUGAGUUCUAUGGUCGUGACAGGAUCAGUGAGUUACUAGGAAUGGACAAAGCUGCUCUCGAUUUUAGUGAUGCUCGAGAAAAGAAGAAACCAAAGAAGGAUAGCUCCUUAUCUGCUGU